AUGUUGUUCUUCUUCGACCGCCUUAGGAGGGCCUUGUACGUUUUACCGGAAGUAUACUUAGAAAAAGGGAUAUUCACGCCCCGUCUAAGCUUACCGAUUCGCAUAAAUAUCCUGCAGCUAAGACGAGAGAAGAGAGAGCUCUAUACAGAGAUACGAUCCCUAGCCGGCACUAUUAAGAAUACCCGAAUCUCCUUUCCGUAUAAGGAUAUCAAAAAAGAAAUAGCUAAGCUUCGAAAGAGGUUACUAAAGACAGAGUUGCACUACUACAGCUUUGCGAACCGAAUAGACGAGAAUAUUAACGAUGAAUAUUAUUUAGUUGACCGACCUAAGGAAUCGCCGCUCCCUAAGGAGGACAACAUAAAAUGCGCAACUAAUGUCUGCAUUAUUUACUACGGCCUAUCUCGUCAAUCAUCAUCGAGCCUUCCUCCACAUAAGUUUCCUUCAAAUCGGCUGGAUUCGCUUCGGCGUUACUUAAUCGAUAUGCACCUAGAAGAGUGUCGCAAUAUCCCCUAUUUCAGCGAGAUCACAGAAUUUCUAGCUCAUACUUACGCUGCACACUCAUACGAUAUCAAUCUCAAAUUGUAUUAUCUUCCGUAUACGACACAAACAAACUACAGCGAUAUCUUAUCUAGAGAAGAAUCUUUAGAAUCGGAGAAGCGUCCAAUAAUUAAGACUCCUGCCUCCUCCGUCGAACUCGAGUUAGGAAACAUUGACCCACGCCUCUUAGAGGAUUAUCCUGUCCCCAUUACGAACUCCUUGCCGUAUCAAUCGGAUACUGAAACUCUAGACUCUUCUGGUAGAUUUGUAUUGAAAAAUACUAAGCCCAGCUCAGUCGAAGUUCCGAUUAGGCGGUCGACGAGGGGUACUGCAAAA